GAGCUAGUGUGCGUGCGUCUGUGUACGGGGCGACGAAGGAAAGGAAAACAGCAAGACGUCCCAACAUGGACGAACGGUUGCUGAACGAUCUGCUGGAAUGUUCCGUCUGCCUGGAACGGUUGGAUUCUUCCUCGAAAGUGCUUCCCUGUCAGCAUACCUUCUGCCGGAAAUGUCUCGAGGAAAUCGUUGCCAGCCACCAAGAGCUGCGAUGUCCGGAAUGUCGCGUUCUCGUGGAGGUGCGAAUAGACGAGCUUCCACCAAAUGUUCUGUUGAUGCGGAUAUUGGAAGGCAUGAAAACGGCGGAACUGAACAGCCAGAACACGAAUCAGACGAUCAAUGGCAAACCCACGUGCAAUCGCAAUCAAUCACAUGGCGCCGCACCAGCGUCGAACGCAAAUGCGGUCAACUAUCAGCACCACCAGCAACAUCCAUCAUCGGGUGGUGUCCACGGUGCUAAAAUAGGCAAAUCGUCCGCCCAAGGGACGCCCGACAACCAGGCACAGCCGCUGCACCCAUCUCAUCCUCAGCAACAGCAUCAGCACCAUCAGCAUCAGCCACUGUCACGCAUUAUUGCAGCGUGUGGCGUAACCGGCUCGGCAGCGAAUGCAUCUCUGGAUCUGUCGAAAAUCCCACACGCUAAAGCGUUCUACGAUUUUUCCUCCAGUGAAACAAGUGACAUCAGCUUCCGCAAAGGAGAUAUUAUCAUUCUGAAGAAGAAAAUCGAUCAUAACUGGUGCGUCGGGGAGGUCAAUGGGAAGGAAGGUGCGGUACCGCUGAACCACAUAAAGGUGAUCGUACCGUUGCCGUUUCCGCAAUGUAAGGCACUGUAUGACUUUCGGAUGGGACCUUCAGAGGAGGAAGGAUGUUUAACAUUUAAGAAGGGCGCCCUUAUACAUGUUCUACGGCGCGUUGAUCAGAAUUGGGCAGAGGGAAGGAUUGCGGAAAAGAUUGGGAUCUUUCCGAUAUCGUUUGUGGAGAUGAAUGGACUGGCGAAACAUAUGAUGGAUUCAUCGCUAAAGCACAUACUGAGUAACUCCAAUCGAACCGUACCGCCCACACCUUUUGAUUUAAAUGCCAGUGCCACUAGCAGCAGUGAUACAAGCUCGAGCGUUACCACGAGUCCCAACUCUUCGACCAGCACGACCAGUUCUAACUCCAGUACCGCUCCCAGCAGUCCUACGGCUCACUUCCUACAAGCGCAACCUGUUGCAUCCAGUGGCAAACAGCAACAUCAGUCGAAGCGUUCCGAUCCGGUAAACCGCGAAAAACGACAUUCCCUUACAACGGCCGGUCUGGCGUCCAGCACCGGCGGUGCGCUGCAGACGAAUCAAUCCGCUCCACAUCGACAUUCGACGGAAAUGUUGAACAAUGAUGGCGCACCAGAUGGAAAAAUGAUACGGCAGCCGGUAGACAGUGCCGCCACUACAUCAUCCCCGGCCGCAGCUCCCUACCAGAAAUGUAAUGUGACGAAAGCUAGUCAAAUGUACCAACAACAUCCGCAGUUGCCGACAACGUACAUUGCACUGUAUCCUUACAAACCACAGAAACCAGAUGAACUGGAACUGAAGAAAGGAUCCAUUUAUUACGUUACGGAAAGAUGUCAAGAUGGUUGGUUUAAGGGUACGAAUUGGCAGAAGAAAUCUGGAGUUUUUCCCGGCAAUUAUGUCGCCAUUCAUAAAGGCAGAGAUGGUGCUUCUCCUGGCACUCGCAACUCGAGCGCGCAUUCCUCCGGAAAAAUGAAUACUGUCGCCAGUCCGCAAGCUGGGUCCUCAGCGUCAAACGGUGGUUGUUCUUCUAACGGUGCCAUUAACAGUCAAUCCAACGGUGGAUCGUCUUCUCCCCAACAGCAGCCAUUACAACUUCCCGAGUUACCGCCACGUAACACGACAGCGCCACAGCAACAGCAAGGCAUGAAGUACAUCGAUUCCAUCUUCGGUCGUCAAGGUUCACUCGAUGGUGGUGGUCCCGGGUCGCCGAACAAUGAGCAGCAGCAAUCUGCGGGACAGGACGCAGCUGUGACGACACCACCUGCCACAGGAAAGGUGAAAAAGGACUCGUCGGCUGUCAGUUUGAUGAAACGGCUGACCAAUAUGAAACGAUCAAAAUCUCCUACCGGUGGAAAUGGAGGUUGUUCCGGUGGAACGGCAAAUCCGGCGUAUACGAGCGAUAGUUCAUUGUUUGAAGAGAUGGCAGGGGCGGCAGAUGCGGUGAUACUAGCUGCGGGAGGUACGCCUGCCGGAUCAGGUCAAAUGGCGAAAGCACACUUUAAACAAAUUGCUAAUCCAGUCCAUGUGCGAUCCGGCUCAUGUCCAAGUCAACUGCUUCAGAAUUUACCGAUGGAUUUGAUGAUAAACGGUGGUGGGCCAACGCACUCUGUUCAACAACAGCCGCAUCCGCAACAUCAUCAUCAAUCGAAUCAUCCCGCGCUUGCAGGAGUACGUAGUGAAAAUGUUCCAAUGAUGUACGGUUCUCAGCGCAUAAAACCACACAAAGAGCGACCCUCAAUGCACGGAUUUAAAUAUGGUGACCAUACUGUGGUUACGGCCAUGCCGAAGCACAUUGCUCACGAAGCCCCAGCCUCGACGUCUUCGUCACAUAUGAUCGCUAAGCAGCAACAACAGUCCCAUAUUUACCAUCGAAAAUCGCAAAGUCUUGAUGCCUCGGCAAUCAUCUCGCAACUUGGGCCUUCGCAGCAUACUUCAGCUACAGCGACAGUUGUCGCCACCGUGGCAGCGAAUGGUACACCUUCGAAAUCAUCCUCCAAGUCGUCGCAUUCGCAAAGCGUUCGGGAAAGAUUCAAAUGCAUCGUCCCGUAUCCGCCCAACAGUGAGUACGAGCUGGAACUGCGUGUAGGCGAUAUUGUAAUGGUGCACAAAAAGCGUGAUAACGGGUGGUACAAAGGAACACACGCGCGUUCGGGCAAAACGGGCCUUUUUCCAGCUUCGUUCGUUGAACCGGACAUAUGAUGCGGCGCUGGCAAGUGCGGUACCCACACAACAGUACAACAAAGGCAACUGUGGAACAACUAAAGUGCAACACAAACAAGGCAACACAUGUACCUUCGAGUCGAUUCGAACCUUUUGCAACUUCCAGCGGACCUGAUUGUUUUUCGGACCUGUGGCAACAAUGUACAACCGCGAUAUAGCAAAAGCGAUUACACAAUUUAUUGGUGCUUGCACUGGACGGGAGAGAUUCCAACCUGCUAAGAUAUUGUCAACCGUUGGUUCGCUUGUGAAGCGGAACUGACCAGAACUGAAGUAAAGUUAAGGAUAUUCCAGAACGGAGCCAGCAAUAUUAAUAUAGUGUAUUCUAACAGUAUUGUGUUAUAUUUCGGUCGUUUCGAUCUUCCAACUCGCUCUGCCAGGCAAUUAUAUCUGGCUAUUAUUAGUCUAAUGAAUGUGGUGUCGGUGCUGGAAAAUUGAUUUGAAAUCUUAAGAACUGAAUCUCUCGAUGGAAACGAUGAACGCCCAGUUAAUGAGCAAUGCUACUGAACGCUGAACGAUGUCAAAGUAAUUUGAAAAGGGAUUUUAAAUUACUGGCUCAUCAUGAUUCUUGAACCGGGAUUGGUGCUCCUUAUUAUUUCCCUCCAUCCAUGUGUCUAUGUGACCACUUAAUAUUAGUCUGAUUAACUGAAUCACGACGCUAUCAAGAGCUUUUAAUUUUACAUUCUUAAUUAACUUUAGUGCUAAGCAAUUUUAUGGAUUAUUAAUGCUACAUUACUCUGAGUUUUAUCUACACAUGCCGCCAUACUUAAGGGAGAGAAUUACUGUUUUGUUAACGUUUCUGAACCCGUGUACUACUCAAGCAUUUUAUCGUAUAAUUUGGUUUGUACUGCAUUAUUUGCACACACAUACAAAGUGAACUGGUUUUAUUCUAUAGACUUCAUGUGUCUCAUCAUCUUACAAUACUCAGCUCAAAAAAAAACUAUCAAAACUGCGCGAACUUAUCUAUCAAAUAGAUUCAAACAGACGCACAAAUGCAUAUACGCGCGUUAGCCAUGGGCAAUAGGAAGCGAAUUAUAGCAGGCUAGAUGAAAUUUAAAUUGUACAUGCUGCUGUUCCGGUAAAUAAUUGCGAGUAAAAAAUCGACUACCGCUACUUGUUCGUUAUCUGUGAAAGUGUGAUUAAAUUUUAGCAUAUUUUAAUUGUAUGAAAAGCAACUAAAAGCGGAAUUAUAAUGCGUUAUGUUAAGGUUUAUGCUCUCGUGUGAAUGUGUGUUGAGUGUGAUUGUAUAUUGAGCUGUGGUGAAAAACAAAACUCAACCAACCGAUCAGCUGAGCGAUAUCAGAAGGUGUGCAUAUAGAAAGAUGUUAGGAAAAUUAUAUACGUAGCAUGUAUAACACAUACGCUGUUAUGUUAAGAGAAAAGUAAACAAUUUGAACGCCGGUGUCUACAACUACUACUAAUGAGUAACAGAAACAAGCAUAUAUAUUUAGUGUAAUUAGCCAUAGGUUGCGGGAGCACCUUCGGUGAAGAGAAAAGCGAAACAAAUACGAUUUACAGGCAGCAGAUAUGAACACUAGUCUAGACAGAACCUUUCGUUUAAUGUUGAUGUGAACACGGAUUCGAUUGUUCGUUGUGCGUGAGGGCGGAAUCAAUAGGGAAUUAGUGUGAAUGUGAGAAUGAUCCUCCUUCACCGCCACAGGAAAUACAGGUUUAAAAACAGAAGAAGAUAGAUCUUAUUGUAACACCAAAUUUUGUCGAAUUGGCAAUAUCCAGCUCCAUCCAUCCAAGUUUGGUAAAAAAAACCUGAAGCAAGAAAGCACAUUACUAUAAAGAUAGCGUGUCUUUUUGUUUUAGGGAACAGGAAUACCACAUAUUUAUAUAGAUACAUUCGUGCUGUAAAUGAUCUAUUGUCGAAAUUAGAGCACCCCUUGUUAUACCUGUCAGUAAAUCAACCUAGCUAAUAUUGAUCAGGCACGUAAUGCAAUAGGAAGAGAUUAUUUGGAGUGGUCUGGUUUGUCUUUGUCUGCCUGUGUCUGUCUAUGUGUAUGUGUGCAUGUCUUUUCAGCCGGUGAUUAGUGUGGUAAAUUA